CAGCAACACGGUCUCCUCAUCCUCUUCGCAGCAGCCAGCAAAAUGGUCUCGCUACCUCCUCACGGCCGCCACGACGUACUGUGCCGCUUGGGGACUCUACUACCUCGCUCAGGACUCCCUCAGACGCAGUACAGUUAGGAGGAGGCGAAAGCGUCAUCAUCGCAAAAUCAAGGGGGCGAGCGGCGUUGAUGAGCCUCGAGGCGACGGCGAGUCGUCCAUGGCCGUCACACAGCAGUCGCUCAGCAGCGAGGAGUGCGCCGCUAUCGAGGAGCGCUUUGCCUCUACCUCCAUCUUGGGGCGCUACGUCAACCCUUUCCCUGAAUGGAGGGAGCAAGGCGUAUGGGAAUUCAUCGUCUGGAAGGGCCUAUACUUCGCCACGCAUUUCAGGUUUAAUGCUGAUGGAGGGAUCAAGAAGAGCUCGCAAGAGAGAAUCAUGAGUAGAUUGCAGACGACGCAGCCGAACUGGGCGAAGCAUAGGGGGCCGAAUACCAAGAAGAGGGGAGUGAACAAGGGCAACAAGGGAGCAGCCGCUGGCUCGGGUUCUGAGCCUGACAGCUGGGAUGAGUUGAGCGAGAGCGAGCUGCGAGCCUCCAAGGCUGGGCCACAGCGCUCCCUUAAGCCUUCACAGUCGGAUCUGGCGUACACCUGGAUCGGCCAAUCGACCUUCCUCCUCACCCUCUCCUCUCACCUCACAAUCCUAACAGACCCAGUCUUCGGCGUCCAACCCAUCCCCUCGCUCUUCUCCCCCACUCGCCUCAAUACAACCCUCCCUGCGACACUGGAGGACAUCCUGUCCCACACGCACAUUGACGUCGUAGUAGUGAGUCACAAUCACUUCGACCAUUUCGACGCGAGGGUGGUGCCGUUGUUGGGCGAGGACACCAAGUGGGUCGUGCCGAAGGGGAUGGGCAGGCUGUUGCUGGCAUGCGCGGCCAAGGCACCAAGGGAGAACAUCUUUGAGCUGGAUUGGUGGCAAGAGGUGAAGAUCCCCACGGGCGGCGAUGGCGAGGACAAGAAGAGUGACGUCGUCCUUCAGGCACGAGCCCUCCCCGCCAUGCAUUGGACGGCUCGCACUGGCCUGGACACCAACCAAUCACUCUGGUGCUCCUACUCACUGGAAUUGCGCAGCGCCACCACCUCUUUGUCACCCCACCUCUUCUUCUCUGGCGAUACCGGCUACUCGCCUUCACUGUACCGCAGCAUCGGCGCCCAUUCCGGGCCCUUCGACGUGGCCUUCCUCCCUAUUGGCUCCUACUCCCCUCGUUGGCAUAUGCGACCCCAGCAUGUCAGCCCUGAGGACUCGGUAGAGAUUGCCAAGGAUAUCAGGGCGAAGAAGGCUGUCGGGAUGCACUGGGGGACGUGGAUCAUGAGUGAUGAGCAGUGGGAGGAGCCGGUGCAGAGAUUGGAGGGGCUGGUCAAGGGGAGCCAGUGGUUUGAGACUACUGGGUUGGGAGAGACGAGAGUUUGGCGGGCGCAGUGA